AUGCCAGGUGCUACAAAACGUCGUGCAGCGGCAGAUGAUGAUCUGAGUGGUGUCGAAUUCGAGACGAGUGAGGGAGUCGAUGUCAUUCCAACUUUUGAUCAGAUGGGACUUCGCGAGGAUCUAAUUCGUGGAAUCUACUCUUAUGGAUUUGAGAAGCCGUCAGCAAUUCAACAACGUGCCAUCAAGCCAGUCUUAAAGGGAAGAGAUCUUAUUGCUCAAUCACAAUCCGGAACAGGAAAAACCGCCACCUUCUCAAUUUCUGUGCUACAAGGUCUUGACACGCAAAUUCGUGAGACGCAAGCCUUGAUUCUUUCGCCAACACGUGAGCUUGCAUCCCAAAUUCAAAGGGUUAUUCUUGCUCUUGGAGACUACAUGAGUGUGCAAUGCCACGCGUGCAUCGGUGGAACAAAUGUUGGAGAAGACAUCCGCAAGCUCGAUUAUGGUCAACAUGUCGUUUCUGGAACUCCUGGCCGGGUGUUUGAUAUGAUUCGACGUCGCAAUCUUAGAACCCGUGCUAUCAAGCUGCUCGUUUUGGACGAAGCCGACGAAAUGUUGAACAAGGGAUUUAAAGAACAGCUCUACGAUAUCUAUCGUUAUCUCCCACCAGGAUGCCAGGUUGUCUUGCUCAGUGCCACUCUACCUCAUGAAGUCCUCGAAAUGACCUCAAAGUUCAUGACGGAUCCAGUGCGCAUUCUUGUGAAACGUGACGAGUUGACUUUGGAAGGAAUCAAGCAGUUCUUCGUGGCUGUCGAUCGUGAGGAGUGGAAAUUUGAUACCCUUGUCGAUCUCUACGAUACAUUGACCAUCACACAGGCUGUCUUGUUCUGCAAUACACGUAGAAAGGUGGAUUGGCUGGCCGAGAAAAUGAAAGCAGCAAACUUCACGGUUUCUUCAAUGCACGGAGACAUGGAACAAUCAGAGCGUGAGCAAAUUAUGAAGGAUUUUCGUGAGGGUACUUCACGAGUAUUGAUUUCAACCGAUGUCUGGGCUCGUGGUUUGGACGUUCCGCAAGUGUCUCUCGUAAUCAACUAUGACCUGCCAAACAAUCGUGAGCUCUAUAUUCAUCGCAUUGGACGUUCGGGUCGUUUCGGAAGAAAGGGUGUUGCCAUCAACUUUGUCAAGAAUGAGGAUGUCCGCAUCCUUCGCGACAUCGAGCAAUAUUACUCCACCCAAAUCGACGAAAUGCCAAUGAACAUCGCAGAUAUGAUC